CCUGCCUCGGUUGCUUUCCUUCCCCUGUGCCGCCAUUAAAGCCCGUCAGUUUUGUGGUGGGAAUCGGGAAGAGGAUAAAAAUGAUUUAAAAGCGUAAAAGCAAACGGCUUGGGAUUGGGGGGGGGGGUUUUCUUACUCAGCGGUAUGUAUGGACAUUCAACUGUCAACUAAACGGCGCCCCGAAGAAGUAAAUAUGCGGGUUAGUAUCGGUCAAGUAACAGCCUGAGUUCGGAUUGGAGUUUUCUGGAGGAAGCUCCCGUUUGUUUUGGCUCCGAGGAGUGUAAACACAAGCAAAGCAAAGUGGACUGCUUGCUGUGUGAUCUCCUUAAGAGUGGAUCUGCCGAGCUGAGAACCCCUCUGAACGGCAGGAAGCCCCCCUUAGCGGUGGUGCGACGAUGACCGAGCCGCUUGCCAAGUGGGCCUGUGAAUACUGCACAUACGAGAACUGGCCGUCAGCCAUAAAGUGCACCAUGUGCCGCGCUCAGAGGCCCAGCGGGAGUGCCAUCAUUACCGAGGAGCCCUUCAAGAGCAGUCCUGCUCUGGAUGCCGGUCUGCACCAGUGGGACCCUGCAGGCCUCAGCAACAGCCCGUCCCAAGGGGGCUCCAGCUUACUUAUUUGUCCAGACUCGAGCGCUCGACCCCGUGUCCGCAUUGCUGACGUACCUGAGACUAGUAGCAAGUGGUCAUGCCACAUGUGCACCUACCUGAACUGGCCUCGAGCCAUCCGUUGCACUCAGUGCCUGUGCCAUAGGCAACAGGCUCAACAACAGCAGCAUCGACAACAUGCAGCCCAUCAAGGACUUCAUACCCAGCAGCCCCGCAGCUCCUUGGAAUCACCCCAGACCUCAAGCUCUGGAUGCCGCCCUGCUCCCCCAGCCACAACUACAGACCCAUGUGAGGAAUACAAUGACCGUAACAGGCUCAACACUCACACACAACACUGGACCUGCACUGCCUGCACUUACGAGAACUGGGUCAAGGCACUGAAGUGUGUGGUUUGUGACCACCCGAGGCCAAAUAGUCUGCUAGCUGAACCCAUCGAACUAGCGUCAGAGCCCGAGAGUCAACAACCUUCCUCCAAACUUAAUGAACAGGACAGAGACAACAGGAGGGGUGUUGUUGGACAUGUGGUUGGGCAAGGAGUAGGGAGUGUGGUAGGUGGGCUGGGGGGUUGUAGUAGCAGCCAAAGGAGGUCACCCCCGACAACAAAAAAGGAGUCAGAAGUGAACAUGGACUUUCAGAGGAUUGAAGUGGCAUCAGGGGCUGGGAUUGGAAGCAGAGAGGAGCUGGAGGUGGAUUUCAAAAAACUGAAGCAGAUAAAGAACAGGAUGAGAAGGACUGAUUGGCUGUUCCUCAAUGCCUGUGUCGGUGUUGUGGAAGGUGACCUGGCAGCUGUGGAGGCCUACAAGUCAUCGGGUGGUGACAUCGCACGACAGCUUACAUCAGACGAGGUGCGUCUAUUAAACCGGUCCUCAGCGUUUGACGACGGCUUCACGCUGGUUCACCUCGCCAUCCGCUUCCAGAGGCAGGACAUGUUGGCUGUGUUACUUACUGAGGUUUCUCAGCAGGCAGCCAAGUGUAUCCCUGCCAUGGUUUGUCCUGAGCUUACAGAGCAGAUCCGGCGUGAGGUAGCAGCCUCUCUUCACCAACGCAAGGGAGACUUCACCUGUUAUUUCCUCACUGACUUGGUGACCUUCACCCUGCCAGCAGACAUAGAGGACUUGCCCCCAGCAGUUCAGGAAAAACUGUUUGAUGAGGUGUUGGAUCGAGACGUACAAAAAGAACUUGAGGAGGAGUCUCCCAUCAUAAACUGGUCCCUGGAGCUUGGAACAAGGUUAGACAGUCGACUGUACGCGCUGUGGAACCGCACGGCUGGGGACUGUCUCCUCGACUCUGUGCUGCAGGCAACGUGGGGCAUCUAUGACAAGGACUCUGUGCUGCGCAAGACCCUCCACGACAGCCUUCACGACUGUUCUCACUGGUUUUACACACGCUGGAAGGAGUGGGAGUCGUGGUAUUCCCAAAGCUUUGGCCUACAUUUUUCACUACAGGAGGAACAGUGGCAGGAGGAUUGGGCCUUCAUCCUCUCCCUGGCCAGUCAGCCGGGAUCCAGCCUGGAGCAGACCCACAUUUUCGUACUUGCACACAUACUUCGUAGGCCCAUUAUUGUUUACGGUGUGAAGUAUUACAAAAGUUUCCGUGGCGAAACGCUUGGAUACACCCGAUUUCAAGGUGUGUACUUGCCCCUUUUGUGGGAACAGAGUUUCUGCUGGAAGAGCCCGAUCGCUCUGGGCUACACGCGGGGCCACUUCUCAGCACUGGUGGCCAUGGAGAACGACGGCUUUGACAAUCGCGGCGCAGGCGCCAACCUCAACACGGACGACGACGUGACAGUCACGUUUCUUCCACUGGUGGACAGCGAGAGGAAGCUGCUUCACAUACACUUCCUCUCAGCCCAGGAAAUGGGUAAUGAAGAGCAGCAGGAGAAGCUUCUGCGAGAGUGGUUGGACUGCUGUGUGACGGAGGGCGGCGUCCUGGUGGCUCUCCAGAAAAGCUCCCGCCGACGCAACCACCCGCUCGUCACCCAGAUGGUGGAGAAGUGGCUCGAUGGCUACCGGCAGAUCCGCCCUUGCGCCUCUUUGUCUGACGGCGAGGAGGACGAAGAUGACGAUGAUGAGUGACAAAACUGAAGUGGAGGGAGGGGCAGGACUCCUCUCCCUCCUCUCUCCUACAGUUUUUUUUUUUUUCCUUUUCCUGACACGGACAAACUGUGAAAGCCUUCAGGAGAGGACCAGGAACCAAAAGCUCCCCCAAACCCCGCUCCACCUCCGACAGAAGUCACUGGCUACUCUUUUAGCACUGACAGGCAUAACACUUAAUGACAAACAUGAAACUGACAGACUCCACUGCUGCACAGCACAGAUCUGGGGAGAGAAUAAAGGUUCUCAAAUGCAAAUGACCAUUGAUUUGUUUUGAUUUUCAGAUGUAAAGGAAAAAAAGGAAUCUUUAUCCAUAGAUGUAAAUGCAUGUGGUUGUUGAAAAGAUUAUAAGGAAAUAUACCAGCAAUGAUUAAACUCAACACUUUAUAUCCGUUCAGUGUGGGCACUGACUAAAGCACACUUCCAAUUUGAUCUUUCUGAUGUUUUUUUUCCAGUUGAUUAAGAGUUGGCUUCUUUGGCAUUUUGUUUUUUUGAAUGGGCAGGGACAAAGCCAAUAAAAAUCAUCUUUAGACAACCAGAGAUUGUGUAAUAUUAAAUGACUUAAAUCCUUAUUACUAAGCACUGCACAUUUAUUAAAACAUUUCUAUAUAAGUACAGUUAUUGCUUGAAUCAAAGUCGUAUAUGAAGCUCUUGAAAAGGGAGGUUUUUCUCUUUUACAAGUCAGAACUACACUCAUUAAGGUUUAGCACACAAACAUUCAUGUUGGAUCUUUGGUUUACCUUUUUUUCAGGCUGAUUGAGCUGAGAAAUUUUUUUGUGUGUGUGUUUGUGUGUGUGUUUGGUUUUUCCUCUCUGAACUUACUCGACAUAUUUAUUGUUUGGAAAAAUAUUUUGAGCUAAUAAGAGCUUUCUGUAUAUUUUAUUUUUUCUCCUUUUUGUGGUUUUGUUAAUUAUUCUCUUGAUCUUGAUGAAGACAUGUUGCACAGAAACACUGUUGCUGUGAGGAAAGAACCAACAAUGACCAUCAGUGAAAAGUUUACUUACGUUGUUGGGUGCGAUUUAGUACCUCAUCUGAUUGCCUAAAAUCUGGUGCUUUUGUUUUUAUGGGCAGACCAGUGUAGGAAUGAGACCAAGAGUACACUUGUCUUCUUUGUCCUGUUUGUUCCUCAUAGCAUUUGUUGUCAAGGUCACCCUCAUGGUACACAUCUGUCCACCUCCUCUGUAACCCCUGUUUGUCAUCAAGUCAAAGCAUCUUUUAAGUUUUUCAAUAAGGUCGUUGUGAGACUGCAACAUAUUAAACCAAAGCUGACAGAAAAAACAAACGAAAAAACAUGAGAUGUUUCUUUUUUGCUGUGAAUGUUUGCAUUUAGUUUUUUCCCCUCUGGCCAUUGUGUACUGUAACCCUCUUCUGUGUAUCAUUCAAGUCAUACACGUUUCUGCGCGCAUCACCUGUAUGUUGCUUUGUAUUUAUGCAAUAGUUGCAGUUGUGACCAUGAUGGUUUGUGGAUUUAGGCCUGACUUCACUAUACAGAGUGUAACGCAAAGAACAGGCAAAAUAAGGAAAAAAAAAUAAAGGAAAACCUUUUUGAAUGUCCAACUAAAA